AGUUAAAUCAAAUAAACUAUGGGUUACAUCUGGAUUUUAUUGUUACAAAAUGAAAGUUGAUGAAUAUCAAUAAUUGUUGGAUAGAGGAUGGAGAAGAUGUGGAGUCUAUUAACUACAAGCCUUCUCUUGCUUAAAGUUGUUGCUAAGCUUAUGCACUUAGAGUUGUAGCAUCUGAAUUUUAAUAAAGAUUAACUCAUGAAAAGGUUUUGAAACGAAUUAAGAAAAUUAAGCCAGUUCUUUCUGAUUCAAGAAAUAUUCCAUUAUAAUAAUAAUAGGCAGAAAAAGCACAAAUGAUGCAUUUACAGAUUUUAUCAAGUAGUAAAUUUAAACUGAUUUGGAUUUAAGUGAACUAAGGAUCCUACCAAAAGUUGGUUAACAUUAUGCAUUUAAAAGUAUAUUAUAUAAGGAAGAAGAGCAUAUCAAAUAUUUUAAAAAUGUUUCGAAAAUAGUUUGUUUAAAAUCAAAUAAUAAUAGAUGAAUUCAAUUUUUACUUUUGA